ACCACGAACUGUUUAAUGCCAAUAAUUAUCAAUAAAAAAAGUUACGCGAAUUAAAAACAGAUAAAGUUUUAUGACAUUUUAAAUUAACCACAAUACAAAAUAAAGAAUCGAUACCAAUAUGAGUGACAUAAUAGAACCAGACGUGACACUCGAUCAACAAUUCAUCGAUUUUGCUAAGAUGUCGGACCCAAAAGGGCGUGAUGGGAAAACCAUAGACCUUUAUAUGACCGAUUACUGGAUGAGGCAAGCCGGCGUUCUUAACGACCGAGUGGUGACUACGACUGAUACAGGAAUAGCCUUUUUCAAAUUCGAAAAAACCGAAAUCAAUUACGAGGAAUUUGAGGAAUAUUUAAAAGAUUUAGCUGAGACCAAACAUUUAAUUCUGGACGAUCUUGUGAGUGCUCUGUGCAAGUGUGGUUUACCGGGAACGGUGCCUGUCAGAGUACCUCAAUACAGGGAAUAUUUCCUCACAUGGAAACCAAAGAAUAGGUUGAUGGUUGUUCCUGACGAUCCAAAGAAAUACUGAAGAAUAUCUAUUAUCUGAAGAAUAUAUAUUAUCUCAUAUUGGGCUCUCACGGUGGGUCACGGCUGUCCUGCGUACUUAGUUCCAUAUCAACUUAUUUGGCAUACAAAAUAUAUAAUCCAAAUGUCUUAAAUAGUCCGGGUCUUGGAUGUUUAUCUAUAUAUGUAUAUGUUAUAAAAUAUAGUAUCGUUGAGUUAGUAUCCCAUGACACAAGUCUCGAACUUACUUUGAGGCUAGCUCAAUCUGUGUGAUUUGUCCUAAUAUAUUUAUUUAUUUAAUCAUAAUAAUUCUUAUGUAAAAGUAUUGACAUCAGUGAUUCAGUUCAUUUCUAUCCGUUUAAAAAAUACAUUAUCUAUAUCAGUUUACAAUUAAAAAAUUCCUGUACACUGUGGAAGCAUUUAUCUUUUGACAAAGUAUAAAAGUCUGGGCUUCAGGUAGCUUAUUGUAGAACGUUAAGCAACUACAGUAGCAAUUAAUUCGAGAAUAUUGAUUCCGUACAACAGGAAAUUUGUAGUAUAAUGGGGAAACCUGGAUUCGCGAGGAUGAUAUUAUAGUAGACAUCUCUCAAGAUAAAUAAAUUCAUAUGAGAUUUUACCAUGGAUUUAGUAUUUGCAGGACAACGAUUUUACAAACACAACAUUCAUGUUGGUGGAUGACAGUAAGUUUAUUGAGUUUCGAAAACAGUGUUUGUCUAUGGUUAAAACAGCAUGUUGCUUGCAGUUAACAGCACCUUAACCUACCCAAAUACAUUGCAAACUCGCCGCUAUUAUCGCGCCAUAGGGUUUCAUGUAGAGUAAAUUGAUGUGCUGUUGACUGUACGGGCUGUUUCUGCACAAUAAAUAUCCAAUUCACAUCGGCGGAGUUUCCCAGUUGGAAUACCUUAUUUAAUAUUGGAGUUUACAUAUCCGUGUUAGGCCGAUAGUGCCGCUUUUAGGUUUACCUGUCUUGUUAAUCUCUAUAAUGCGUAAACAAAUGUAUUUAAUUUAUUGCACAUGUUAUCUACUUUAUAUUACAUAUAUUGUAUUUAAAAAUA